AUGCCGAGGUAUCCAUGGUCGGAUGGUCCGGAGUACGUGACGCAGUGCCCGAUUAGGCCGGGUACAAAGUUUAGCCAAAGAAUAGUGCUUUCGGACGAGGAAGGUACUUUGUGGUGGCACGCUCACAGCGAGUGGUCGAGAGCUUCCGUUUAUGGAGCACUAAUUAUUUUACCCGAGAAGAGAAAUUCGUAUCCUUUCCCUAAGCCUCAUGCCGAAGUCCCCAUCCUACUAGGAGAGUGGUGGAAUAGUGAUGUGCAGGAGGUUAUGGAAGAAUUCCUUGCAAGUGGAGGGGAUCCGAAUGUUUCCAAUGCUUUCCUCAUAAACGGCCAGCCUGGCGAUCUAUACUCGUGUUCAAGACAAGUAAUCUUAUUUUGUUGUAAAUAUGAAGAUACAUUCAAGGUGACGGUGGAAUUCGGGAAAACCUACUUGCUCCGAAUGGUCAACGCGGUGAUGAACAACAUAAUGUUCUUCAAAAUCGCAAACCACAACGUCACAAUCGUCGGAUCGGACGGCGCAUACACAAAGCCAUUGAAGAGCGACUACAUAACAAUAUCCCCCGGACAAACAAUCGACUUCCUUCUAGAAGCAAACCAACCGCCAAGCCACUACUACAUGGCCUCUAGGGUUUACGCCAGCGCCGGAAACUUCCAGAACACAACGACAACCGCCAUCAUCGAAUACAAGGGCAACUACACACCACCAUCAUCACCAUUUCUCCCUACAUUUCCCGAUUUCAACGACACAAUCGCUUCCCACAACUUCACGAAUAAACUCAGAAGCUUAUCGAAUAAAAAAUACCCUAUCGAAGUACCCCUAAACAUAACAAAUACCUUAUUCUUCACCCUUUCGAUUAAUCUACGCCCGUGUGGUAAUAACUCCUGCGGCGGGCCGUUUCAGGAGAGACUAUUAGCAAGUGUGAACAACUUAACAAUGCAGCUACCGAAAACGGACAUUCUUCAAGCUUAUUACAAGGGAAUUAGUGGGAUUUACGAGACCAAUUUCCCUAUUAAUCCACCUUUGAGCUUUAACUAUACUCAAAAUUUCGUACCCCGAGAGCUUUGGAGACCCGAAAAUGGAACCGACGCGAUAGUUCUCGAGUACAAUUCGACGGUCGAACUCGUCUUUCAAGGGACGAACACCGUGUCGGGUAUCGAUCAUCCCAUGCACAUACACGGAUACAGUUUUUACGUAGUGGGGUCCGGGUUUGGGAACUUCGACAAAAAUGAGGAUCCGAAGAGGUAUAAUCUUGUGGACCCUCCUCUAAUGGAGACGAUCGCGGUGCCGAGAAGUGGAUGGACUGCGAUAAGAUUCCGAGCUAACAAUCCAGGUUUUGUGCAUUGCAAAUUAAAUUAAAUUAAAUUAAAUUAUUACCCGUGAGAAAAUUAAGUACUAAUUAAAUUAAAUAUUUUGUG